AAACAGGAAGUUGUAACUAGAAGCCAUCUGAAUACUAAGCCUGAGCAGAAUGCUGGCGAAGUAGCACUAAAGUGGCAGUGUGUGUUCUGAAAUUCUCAGCUACCGACUGUCUUAGGCAGAUCUUGAUAAAAUAGCCCUUUUUCUGGUUUUCAUCUAAGGAAUCCCAAGCAGACCGGAGAAUGGAGAGACAGCGCAGGCUCACGUCAGUGAGGAAUGAGUAUCAGUUUCAACAUCAGGGAGCAGUGGAACUGCUUGUCUUUAAUUUCUUGCUCAUCCUUACCAUUUUGACAAUCUGGUUAUUUAAAAAUCAUCGAUUCCGCUUCUUGCAUGAAACUGGAGGAGCGAUGGUGUAUGGUCUCAUAAUGGGACUAAUUUUACGAUAUGCAACAGCACCAACUGAUAUUGAAAGUGGAACUGUCUAUGAUUGUGGAAAACUGUCCUUCAGUCCAUCAACGCUGCUGGUUAAUAUCACCAACCAAGUUUAUGAGUAUAAAUACAAAAGAGAAAUAAGCCAACACAACGUCAGUCCCCACCAAGGCAAUGCUAUACUUGAAAAGAUGACAUUUGAUCCAGAAAUCUUCUUCAAUGUUUUACUGCCACCGAUUAUAUUUCACGCGGGAUAUAGUCUAAAGAAGAGACACUUUUUUCAGAACUUAGGAUCUAUUUUAACAUAUGCCUUCUUGGGAACUGCCAUCUCCUGUAUCGUCAUAGGGUUAAUUAUGUAUGGUUUCGUGAAGGCCAUGAUGUAUGCUGGCCAGCUGGAAAAUGGAGACUUUCAUUUCACAGACUGUUUAUUUUUUGGUUCACUGAUGUCUGCUACAGAUCCAGUGACGGUGCUGGCCAUUUUCCAUGAACUGCAUGUUGACCCCGACCUGUACGCCCUCUUGUUUGGGGAGAGUGUGUUGAAUGACGCAGUGGCCAUCGUCCUUACGUAUUCUAUAUCCAUUUACAGUCCCAAGGAGAAUCCAAAUGCAUUUGACGCUGCAGCAUUCUUCCAGUCCGUGGGGAACUUCCUGGGGAUCUUUGCUGGCUCCUUUGCAAUGGGGUCUGCGUAUGCAGUUAUCACAGCACUGCUGACCAAAUUUACCAAGCUGUGUGAAUUCCCAAUGCUGGAAACAGGCCUGUUUUUCCUCCUUUCUUGGAGCGCCUUCCUGUCCGCCGAGGCUGCGGGUCUAACAGGAAUAGUUGCUGUUCUCUUCUGUGGAGUCACACAGGCACAUUAUACCUACAACAAUCUGUCGUUGGAUUCCAAAAUGAGGACUAAACAGUUGUUUGAAUUUAUGAACUUUUUGGCUGAGAAUGUCAUCUUCUGUUACAUGGGCCUGGCGCUGUUCACGUUCCAGAAUCAUAUCUUUAAUGCACUUUUUAUACUUGGAGCCUUUAUAGCAAUUUUCGUUGCCAGAGCCUGCAACAUAUAUCCUCUCUCCUUCCUCCUGAAUCUGGGCCGUAAACCGAAGAUCCCCUGGAACUUUCAGCACAUGAUGAUGUUUUCAGGUUUGCGAGGAGCGAUCGCAUUUGCCUUGGCUAUUCGGAACACUGAAUCUGAGCCCAAACAGAUGAUGUUUACCACCACGCUGCUCCUCGUGUUCUUCACUGUCUGGGUAUUUGGAGGAGGAACGACCCCCAUGCUGACUUGGCUUCGGAUCAGAGUUGGUGUGGACCUGGAUGAAAAUCUGAAGGAGGAGCCAUCUUCACACCAGGGAGCAAAUAACUCGGAUAAAGGCCCAAGAAAAGCAGACAGUGCUCGGCUCUUCAGAAUGUGGUAUAGCUUUGACCAUAAAUAUCUGAAACCAAUUUUAACACACUCUGGUCCUCCACUGACCACAACGUUACCUGAAUGGUGUGGUGCGAUUUCCAGGCUGCUCACCAGUCCUCAGGCCUAUGGGGAACAGCUAAAAGAGGAUGAUGUGGAAUGCAUCGUCAACCAGGACGAACUGGCCAUGAAUUACCAGGAACAAGCCUCCUCCCCCCAGAGUCCCCCUCCAAGGCUGGGUCCGGACCAGAAAGCUUCACCCCAGGCUCCAAGCAAGGAAAACAUUUAUGAGGGAGACCUUGGCCUAGGAGGCUAUGAACUCAAGCUUGAGCAAACUGCGGGUCAAUCCCAGUUGAAUUAAUUGGCAGGAAGAGUGCAAAUGUAAUCACAAGCGAUGCAGGGCUCGCUGGGAGGAGUAUAAGCCAAGCUGAUGAGGCAGUGUAGGGGAGAGACUGGAAAUGUAUUAAGAGCAUGAGUUGAAGAAAAUAGAAGCCUUAUCACAUAUAUCCUCUGGUGCCUGAAGAAAUGAGAAUUAUCAUCCCUUAAUAUUAUGCAACUGAGUUUAAGUUUUUGACAGCAGACAUUUCUGUUACUGGAUUGACUGGGGCAUGGGUGGGACAGUCAGGAGCCCAGCUGCAGGAAGGGUGAGACAGAGUCCUGGGCCUGGAGGGGGUUCCUGCUUCAUGUGAAGCUUUCUAGGCCCUUUACUUUAUUAAGGAAAGAGUUUAAAAUAAGAGUUCCUGAGAGUAAGCAUGUUGCUCCUAAACUGAAGGGAACAUCCAGCUACUUACUAAGGGUUAAGUUUAACAUUUUGGGGACUUGGCACCCACUGCUUCUCACUGAUCCCAGGGCUAUGUCCAGAGCUCAGAAAAGUGUUCAAUGCCCACCACUGAUGGCCUCAGAACCCACACCAAGUUAGGGAACCUACUGUUUUUGCUGGCAACCUUUCCACAUUACCUCUCCCACUGGUCCAAGGGCUUGCUUGCAGCUGGGUGUGCCCUGGUGCAAAAUGAAGUGCCACUUUUCCUGGUUGGUAGGACCCCUUCCAGGGAAAGUAGGCUCCUGUACCAAUACCAGGUCUUACCUGAAAA